GAUUGGCGGACGCCCCGGUCCCUUUCCUGUGAUUGGCGGCUCCUCCUGCAGUCCCUGUCGUGGUGGCCGCGGCCGGCAGGAACCAAAAUGGCGGCGCCCGUGGCGGGCCCCUUGACGUGAAAAUACAAGCAUCAGCAAUGGCAUGAGAGCUGCAGCAGAAACCCAAACUGUUUCGCCAGCUGGCGGCGCUGGGGAAAGAUUUCCGACGCACAAGUCCAAGACCGAGAGCCUCUGUGCGCCAUGGCUGAGGACACUGUGAAGGAGCUGCUAAGCUUGGAGUGUGGCUCGUUGGUAACUUAUUUGCUGGACAAAAACUCCCACCUCGAUUCCAUCAGCUUCCAGACCAUGCUGAUGAGGCAUGUCUUUGUAAAGCACCCAGAGGUGGUGCUUAUUCACAGAACUCACAACCUGUCGGGCAAGGCUCUCUACACGUUCAUGGUGGACAAGCCUUUCCUAAAGCUGGAGGGAGAGAUGACCAAAGUGAUCCAUUUUGCUGUCCCAACCAAGGAAUCGGCAAAGGGCCUGGCUUCCAUGUACCGCACCUUCAAGGCUUUCAACCCUGAGUGGAAGCAGAUCAAGACAUUCCUUGUCGAUCCACGCUUCCGGCUGCUGCCAAAGCUUGCGGAAGCCUUCCCCUCAGCGGAUGUCCAGCUGUCCGUUUUUCAUAUCUGCAAACACUUACAGCAGAAGAUUUGCCACGUCACCCUGGAGUUCCACACGAAGAGGCUGCUGCUGAGCGUCUUGAGGAACGCGAUGUGCGCCCCCAGCGAAGGCAACCUGAAGAAGAUGCACGUCAUCUUGAGUGACUUUGUGAAGCCCACUCUGCUGCCCCAGCUUCACCCAAACUGGCUGCUCAACGAGAAGAUCUGGUCCAUGCAUCGCUGGCGGACGUGGGAGGAAUGCAGCCAGUAUUUCAAAGACCUGGAGAUGAUCACGUGCAAUUUAAGCCAAGUCUUCUGUGUGAGGCUCUCUUUGGAGUCCUGCAUCACGGGGGUCUCCACUUACUACCAGAAAAGUUUGGUGAAGAGUUCCUUGGAGGCCUUUCUGUGCCCAACCAACCUGCUCAGCCAGGACAUCUCAAGCCAGCCAAACCAGGCGGCUCUCAGCUCCUCUGCUGCAAACACUCUGAGGCCGCUGCUGCCUCGGGAUCCCUCUGCAGCAGCCCCCCAGAGUUCCCCGGCAGCAGCAGACCAGGAGGCCUCCGCCGAAGAGAGAAUGCAGGAGGCUGCCGUCCCUGAUGAAGAAGCCACUCAGCGUAUCUGCCAGUCCUUGGCGGUCAUUUGCACAGACCCGGCGGCCACGCUCUGCUUGAAUGAAUUUGCCGUGGUCCAGAGUUCUGUGUGCUUGAUGGGGACCAGCGCAGACACGAUCAGCAUUCAGGUCCUGGAAGAUGCGCAGACUGUGAGCCACAAGGGUCUCGGCAGCUGCAGCUGCCAUUUCAACCAGACUUUCCAGCUUCCCUGCCGGCACAUCGUGGCCGUGCUGAACUCGGAGGGGAAGGCGCUGGAGGCAGAGAAGGUCCCCAGGCAGUGGCGCAAGGGGCACAGGGAUGCCCAGCCCGGGCAGAGAAGCGCCAAGGACCCCUUGGAAGUCCUGAGGAGUUCGUGGGACUCCUCUCUGGAUAAAUACCUGGCUGUGUCAUUCCUCACAGAGGAGAUCAGCCGGCUGCUGAGUCAGUGCAGCAGUGAGGAGUUUGACCGCCGGUACAGCACCCUCCGUGAGCUGGCAGACAGCUGGAUUGGGCCUUAUGAGCAGGUGAAGCUGUGAUCUGGCCCCAGGCCCCUGGAACUGACCGCUACUGUCUAGGGGCCGUUUGCCGGAUGUGACUGUCCCCCAAAUUGCUGAGCCCCAAGGACUGACCUGCGGGGCUCUUUUCCCUUCUGUGAGGGGCUGAGAAUGCACACAUACGCACAAAGGUGUGCAGACAAGGAGCAGAGGGCCCCGGGGGGGUAGGGGGGGGAGAAGGGUGCCUGAUGGGAGUUGAGAUUGGCACAUUCAGACCGUAUCAAAUCCCACCCCUCAAAAAUCCCAAGAGGCAGCUCCACCAGCAGAGUUGGUCUCACGCUGGUCCUUUGGGUGGGUGCUUCCCUGCCCCCCCUCCUCUCCCCCCAGAGUGCCCCUGUUGUUGUGGUCUGAGUCCACUGGUUCCUACGGGAGGAAGACGGUGCCUGCUGAAACCCAAGCUUGUGAAUAAACAGAUCUUUCCUGUCUGUCAA